AUGAACAGCUCAUCAGAGAGUUUACAGGAACCCGCUGAAGACGAGUCUGGCUUUGUUUUCCAGGCCAUCAGGUCCUCUUGGGAUCUAAGUUAUGGAGAUUUUUCUCUGUCACACUGUAGUGUUUGCAGCAGAAGAGACAAAUAUAUUCCAUGUCAGAGAAGCCCGCAGGAGCCUGACCUCUACAGCCCUGUGUCUCCUGACCCGCAGCAGGAGCCCGUCUCCACCUACUUCGAGCAGAAGGUUCCCAUCCCUGAUGAUGACGGAACAAAGCUGUUUAGCUUUCGUAAACUCUGGGCCUUCACUGGACCGGGUUUUCUGAUGAGCAUCGCGUAUCUGGACCCUGGGAACAUAGAGUCGGAUCUUCAGUCCGGGGCUAUAGCUGGAUUCAAGCUGCUGUGGGUUCUGCUGGUCUCCACCAUCAUCGGGCUGCUGCUGCAGCGGCUGGCCGCUCGACUCGGCGUCGUGACCGGGAUGCAUCUGGCCGAGGUCUGCCACCGCCAGUACCCUGCGGUGCCGCGGAUCAUCCUGUGGCUGAUGGUGGAGCUGGCCAUCAUCGGCUCUGACAUGCAGGAGGUCAUCGGCUGUGCCAUCGCCCUCAAUCUGCUGUCAGUCGGCAGGUACAUCAUCAUCAUCAUCAUCAUCAUCACACGACUCACUUCAUGUCGGGUUAUCUUUUCUCUUCAGGGUCAGAAGUGUAAUGAAACAGGAAGUCCUCACAGUAAGCUUUUCCCUGCCAACAACGAAACACUGGAGGUCGACAUCUACAAAGGGGGAGUGGUUCUGGGCUGUUUUUUUGGCCCGGCUGCGCUGUAUAUUUGGGCCAUUGGGAUCCUCGCCGCUGGACAGAGUUCAACCAUGACAGGAACCUACUCUGGUCAGUUUGUGAUGGAGGGUUUCCUGAACCUGCGCUGGUCGCGCUUCGCUCGCGUGCUGCUGACGCGCUCCAUCGCCAUCUUCCCCACGCUCCUGGUGGCCGUCUUCGAGGAUGUGCAGCAUCUCACCGGCAUGAACGACUUCCUGAACGUGCUGCAGAGCAUGCAGCUGCCGUUCGCUCUGAUCCCCAUCCUGACCUUCACCAGCCUGACCUCACUGAUGAACGACUUCGCCAACGGACUCGUGUGGAAGAUCGGCGGGGGUCUGCUCAUCCUGGUGGUGUGCACCAUCAACAUGUACUUUGUGGUGGUGUAUGUGACGGCCCUCAACAGCACCAUCCUCUACGUCUUCUCUGCCCUCCUCUCCAUCGCCUAUCUCAGCUUCAUCAUCUACCUGGUGUGGCACUGUCUGAUCUCUCUGGGCGUCUCUUGUCUGGAUUGCAGAGGUUCGGUUCAGUAUCCCCCCUCUGUUCUUGUGGAUGAACAGCCAGAGUUUGAUUCCUGAGCCAAACAUCCGAUCACGUCCAAAGAAUGAACUACGCUCAUUUGCUAUGUGAGGAACGUCCUUACUGUAACAAACCGCACAAUCCAAAUAUUUGACUUUAUCUUUGUUUCCUUGCAUCAGUUCCUGCUCCAUGGCUCCUUGCUUUGCCGUGUUUAUAGAUCUACUGUUGUACGUCUGGCCGAACUGAGUUGAGUUCAUGUAAGUGCAGAUCUACUGUGCUCCUCGAAUAACAUGUUUACUACCAACAGCUGCACAAAUAUGGGAUGAAAUCAUUCCUUGCAGAAAGUGCACAGAACGGUCUGUACAAUCAGUUUAACAGUUCAAAUUAGACUCUCUAACUUACUAAUGACUAUAA